UUGGGUAGGCACGGUGCCACAAUUGGAGGAACCGGGAAGAGGGGCAGAGCCAGUAUUUGGGUGAGCCAAUGGUUUAUAGUCAGACGGAGGUGGGGCGUGGUGUGGCAGGGUUCUCCAGAGGGCUGCUUGGGGCCCGCCGAGGCCAGGAACGUGGGUUUGGGUGGUAGGAAGGCGCAGUCGUGGGGGCCGGGCUGACCCCGGCGGGGAGAUGGCAGCACGAUGGAGCAGCGAGAACGUGGUGGUGGAGUUCCGAGACUCGCAGGCAACUGCAAUGUCUGUGGACUGUCUGGGGCAGUAUGCAGUGCUUUCCGGCCGCCGGUUCCUAUACAUCGUUAGUCUAGAUGCCCCUUUCGAAGGUCACCGGAAGAUCUCUCGCCAGAGCAAGUGGGACAUCGGAGCGGUGCAGUGGAACCCUCAUGACAGCUUUGCGCACUACUUUGCAGCUUCGAGUAACCAGCGAGUCGACCUCUAUAAGUGGAAAGACGGCAGCGGGGAAGUUGGCACAACCUUACAAGGCCACACGCGAGUAAUCAGCGACUUGGACUGGGCAGUGUUUGAACCCGAUCUCCUCGUUACCAGCUCUGUGGACACCUACAUCUACAUCUGGGAUAUCAAAGACACAAGGAAACCUGCCAUUGCACUGUCUGCUGUAGCCGGUGCCUCACAGGUCAAGUGGAAUAAAAAAAAUGCUAAUUGCCUUGCCACCAGUCACGAUGGGGAUGUACGGAUAUGGGACAAGCGGAAACCCAGCACGGCAGUGGAAUAUCUAGCGGCCCACCUCUCCAAAAUCCAUGGCCUGGACUGGCACCCAGACAGCGAGCACAUUCUUGCUACCUCCAGUCAAGACAAUUCUGUCAAGUUCUGGGAUUACCGCCAGCCUCGGAAAUACCUCAAUAUUCUCCCUUGCCAGGUGCCUGUGUGGAAGGCCAGAUACACUCCUUUCAGCAAUGGGUUAGUGACCGUGAUGGUUCCCCAGCUGCGGAGGGAGAACAGUCUUCUCUUGUGGAAUGUCUUUGACUUGAACACCCCAGUCCAUACGUUUGUGGGGCACGAUGAUGUGGUUCUGGAGUUCCAGUGGAGGAAGCAGAAGGAAGGGUCCAAGGACUACCAGCUGGUUACAUGGUCCCGAGAUCAGACCUUGAGAAUGUGGCGGGUGGAUUCCCAGAUGCAGAGGCUUUGUGCGAAUGACAUAUUAGAUGGUGUUGAUGAGUUCAUCGAGGGCAUUUCUCUUCUGCCGGAACCAGAGAAGAUCCUUCACGCUCAAGACACAGAUCACCAGCACAGCUCAAGCCACGGAGAGGAAGAAGUCUUAAGGGAAGACCCCCUGAGCAAUCUGCUGGAAGAGAGGAAAUCGGAUCAACCAGGACUGCCUCAGACUCUGCAACAGGAGUUCUCCCUGAUCAAUGUGCAGAUCCGGAAUGUCAACGUGGAGAUGGACGCAGCGGACAGGAGCUGCACGGUGUCCGUGCACUGCGGCAACCAUCGUGUCAAGGUGCUGGUGAAGUUCCCCGCGCAGUACCCGAACAAUGCUGCCCCUUCCUUCCAGUUCAUCCAUCCCACCACCAUCACGUCCACGAUGAAAGCCAAGCUGCUAAAGAUCCUGAAAGACACCUCCCUGCAGAAAGUGAAACGCAACCAGAGUUGUCUGGAGCCCUGCCUGCGCCAGCUCGUCUCCUGUCUUGAGUCUUUCGUGAAUCAAGAAGACAGUGCUUCCAGCAACCCCUUUGCACUCCCAAACUCCGUCACACCACCCUUACCCACGUUUGCCCGGGUAACCACUGCCUACGGGUCAUACCAGGACGCCAAUAUUCCCUUUCCUAGGACUUCGGGGGCCAGGUUCUGUGGAGCAGGGUACCUGGUGUAUUUCACAAGGCCUGUGACGAUGCAUCGAGCAGUGUCUCCGACAGAACCUACUCCAAGAUCUCUCUCGGCCUUGUCUGCUUAUCAUACUGGCUUGAUUGCACCAAUGAAGAUCCGCACAGAGGCCCCCGGGAACCUUCGCUUAUACAGUGGGAGCCCCACUCGCAGUGAGAAAGAGCAGGUCUCCAUCAGCUCCUUCUACUACAAGGAGCGGAAAUCGAGGAGAUGGAAAAGCAAGCGUGAAGGAUCAGACUCAGGCAAUCGACCAAUCAAGGCUGCCGGGAAAGUCAUCAUCCAGGAUAUCGCGUGCCUUCUUCCUGUUCACAAGGCAUUGGGGGAACUAUACAUAUUAAAUGUAAAUGAUAUUCAAGAAACAUGUCAGAAGAAUGCUACUUCUGCCUUGCUUGUUGGAAGGAAGGAUCUUGUCCAGGUUUGGUCGCUGGCUGCAGUAGCUACAGAUCUUUGCCUUGGUCCAAAGUCUGAUCCAGAUUUGGAGACACCGUGGGCUCGGCAUCCAUUCGGGCGACAGCUGCUGGAGUCACUGUUGGCUCAUUACUGCCAGCUCCGGGAUGUGCAGACGCUGGCUAUGCUCUGCAGCGUGUUUGAAGCCCAGUCUCGGCUUCAGGGAAUACCAAACCCUUUGGGACCUUUUCCCAGUCGUUCGUCUAAUCUGGUGGUGUCCCAUAGUCGAUACCCCAGCUUUACCUCCUCUGGUUCCUGCUCCAGCAUGUCAGACCCAGGGCUCAACACUGGUGGAUGGAACAUAGCAGGGAGAGAGAUAGAACACAUAUCUUCACCGUGGGGAGAGUCUUCACCAGAAGAAAUGCGCUUUGGGAGUCUGACCUACAGUGACCCUCGUGAGCGAGAACGGGACCAGCAUGAUAAAAAUAAAAGGCUCCUGGACCCCGCCAAUACCCAGCAAUUUGAUGACUUUAAGAAGUGCUAUGGAGAAAUCCUCUAUCGCUGGGGUCUGAGGGAGAAGCGAGCCGAAGUGCUGAAGUUUGUUUCCUGUCCCCCUGACCCCCACAAAGGCAUCGAGUUCGGCGUGUACUGCAGCCACUGCCGGAGCGAGGUUCGUGGCACGCAGUGCACCAUCUGCAAAGGCUUCACGUUCCAGUGCGCCAUCUGCCACGUGGCAGUUCGAGGGUCAUCUAAUUUCUGCCUGACCUGCGGGCAUGGGGGGCAUACCAGCCACAUGAUGGAGUGGUUUCGGACACAGGAGGUGUGUCCCACUGGGUGUGGGUGUCACUGCCUGCUCGAAAGUACUUUCUGAACUUACAGAGCGUGGGAAUUGCCGGAAAUCCAAGAGGACCCCACAAGUGUCACGUGACAAGCUCUCGGCCAGGAGAGAGGCCACAGAACCCAUUCCUAAGUAGACUGGGGUAUGCUUCCCUCACCAGCUGCGUGAGCCGUGGCCCUCCCUUCAGCAUGGUUGUUGGUGGCAUGGAUGUCGCUGUCGCUGGAGGUGGAUGAGGGCAGGUGUGCAGAGCUGUGUAGCCCAAGUAGAAGUUUUCUUGAAGAAAAGCGCCUGCCUCCUGAGCCAUGUUAACUUUAAAGGUGUUAGCCUUAAACCACCAACAGCAUCCUUUCUGAUGCCAUUACGGAGACCAAGAUCAGAUGCGCAGGACAGUCUCCUGAACCAAAGGACAGUGGACAUUAAUUGAGUUGACAAGUGGGCCUGUGAUAUACGUUGGUACAUUUCAUGAACUGAUGGAUAGUGGUCUUUUAAAAUAGAAUACUUAAAUUGUAAAUGUGUGGUGUACUUAAGGGGUCCUAAGAUGUAUUUUUUGUUCGUUAUUUCUCUUGCAAUUGCUCUCCCUUGGCUAAUAAAAUUCUAGUAAUUGUUUUUAAAAAA